AAGGAUAACAUGGUAUCCGUGCACGGCAAGAGCUUCGGCGGUGGCUCUGCCAAUUCCUGAAGAAGCCUUGAAUUCCAACACGAGGUAAGGGUCAGUCGCCGAAAUUCUGAUCGCCUUGUACACACCACCAAUCCCUACUGCAGCGGAGGAGCCACGAUAGCCUUUUGGCAGAGAGAACAGCUAAGCGAAAAGAGAGAGAGAAAGUGCGAGGGAGGGCGAAGGGGGCGCACCCCGGUAACGAUACACACAAGGCGCGCGCCAUCGGGGGCGAUUCGUGGCGACCUGGAAAAGAUGAUUCCCGAGCGGAAGAGCUUCUGAUGCAGCAAUUGCGCGUAGGAGUAAAUGACAGCAAGCGUCCAAAACAUGCCCAUCCGCAAAAGGUUCUCGAGCCUCAUCACAGCGCCGAAAGCCUCCCCCGCCAUCUCUCCAGCAGCAGCCCCGGGAACAGUAAAAUUCUCCUGAGUUCGCGAAGAGCAGAGGCAGAGGCAGAGGCUGCUGCUGCUGCUGCCGGGGCACAUGAACAACGACCAGCACAGGGUAAAGAUCCAGUCACUCUGCUCGCGCUCGGGCCCGACGUAGACUCGGCGAGAGUGCAGGCCAGCGCCGGGGUUGCCUUUUGAUUGGCUGCACAGACGGCGGCAGCAAGACUGUAGAAUGAAGGGGCAAGCUGAUGCUUAUCUUGUAUUAGGGUGCGUGUGCGUGUGCGUGUGCGUCUGUGUGUCUCGCCUCUCGGGUCUCCGGGCGUCAAAUCAGCGGACUGACUGACUGUCAAUCGUCAACUGUUAUCAUCGACCAGAGCAGGCACUGACGUUCCGGAGUCGCUGAUAGGCAGAAGGGCGCCAGGCGCAAGGCGAAGGCCGAGGCAGUGCAGGCAGCAAGGUUCUGGUUAAAAGCUCUGCUCCGAGCCAGCAAUUCCGUGACCACAUAAAUUAAGAGUGUCCGCUUGUGCAAUUCUCAAGUCCUGGGCUUGCCUCAGCUCUUGCAGAUCUGUCGAAUUCUGCUUUCUUCUUCACAUCCUCCAGCACACGACAGACGACGACGCUCUUUCAUCAGGUAUUAUCUCGUCCUUUGAUAGCCAUGGCUGAGCUCGAGGCAGCAAACGAGUUCUUUGCUUCAGCGCCGCCACUGCGAGACCAGGAAGCCAUCACUGCCGUGGUGGAUGACUUUUUGAGACCCCGCCUGCUGCUUGCUGCAACAGGCAAUGCAGAUUAUCUAUCCCCGAAAAGAAGGAUUGUCUGUGUGACGUCCGGUGGGACCACAGUUCCUUUGGAACGUAAAUGUGUACGAUUUAUCGAUAACUUCAGCUUGGGACAUCGAGGAGCCGCUUCAACAGAGUACUUCAUGCGGGCUGGUUACGGAGUAAUUUUUCUGAACCGAAGAACUUCAACGCAACCAUUUUGUAGAGCGCUGCCGGAAGAUCCUGUACUCAAUUGUUUUGAGCCUGUCGAUGAUCUAGGAAUACAGCCACGCCCUAAAUAUUCUGGAGUAGUCCAACAAGCAAUUCGGAAACACUAUGCGGCAGUCAAGCAUGGGAAUCUUCUGUCGUUACCGUAUACCACACUUUUCGAGUAUUUGCAGAUUCUAAAAAUUGUAGCAACGAGGCUGAAAAAAUUGGAUCGUCACGCAAUGUUCUACAUGGCAGCGGCGGUCUCGGACUUCUACGUUCCUUGGAACAAAAUGGAGGAGCAUAAGAUUCAAUCAGGAGCAGGCCCCUUGGCGAUAGAACUUGCCCAAGUGCCAAAAAUGCUUCCUAUUUUAAGAAAGCACUGGGCUCCUUCAGCUUUCUGUGUUUCUUUUAAGCUAGAGACAGACACCAACAUUUUGCUAAAAAAGGCCCACUCGGCUUUAAUCAAGAACGACAUGCAUGCUGUGGUGGCCAACGAACUGGUGACUCGGAAUCAGAGGGUGGUGAUCGUUACCAAGGAAGGAGAAACGGUCCUGGAGAAGACCGAAGCAACUCAAGAUGUGGAGGCACCCUUAGUUAACUUCAUCGUCGAGCAGCAAACAAGCUAUAUAGAAAUCCCCCUGAUCCAGUCGUUUGACUCACUGAAUACCGCCUUUACGGAAAGCAGCAGCUUGCAAGGUCGUGUGUCUAGGGAAUCAAGUUUUAAUUCCCCUGUUGCCAAGGUGCCUAGUCUUAAGUAGUAGUCGGAUUUCUCUUCACUACACCUCAAUACACUACACUACAAGGAGUAAUGAUACUGCCAGGUUCAAACAAACCUUCUGCGGGGGAGUCUUCUGGGGCUCGAGUGGAAACCCCCACCACAAGCCAAAGUGGCAAACGAAAAAGAGUACAUGCUGCAAGGCCAGUUAACUGGGUCUGUCUCCGGGCUGUGAUCAUGUAGCAAAGACGAGUCAUAGUGUUGUUCAAGGUUGUGCACAUCCCAUGUUCAGCACAUAUCAGAACAGAUAAUAAAAAAGUGAAACAUUACGUCCAGAGUCGGUGAAGCAGCAAGGAGUUAAUGAAUUAGCUGACUGAACUUUUGUUCACCUGCUCCCAAAACUGUCAUAUCAGAAUAGAAAUGGCCCAUCAUAAUAGGUGUGUACAGAAUAAUUGUGCAGCUUUGAAUAAAGCGGAUUCGUACAGAAUUUGACUUC